GCAAUUUUAAUAAAAUGGUCUAAUUGACGAAUUAAGGGGGAAGAGAAAGGGUUUAGGUUUGCGCGCAACAACAGUACCAAAAUCUCACUGUUGCUAGUCCACAGCUUCCUUCGUCAUAGCCAUUGUCCUCUUCUUUCUCCGGGUCAGUUCGUCCGUUUUUGAAGAAGUAAUUGGAGCAAUUAGAUAUCAGAGUUGAGUAAAUGUGGUAUCUCUGUGUGUUCUAUCACCGUCUUUUGGAUUAUCGAAAGGCCGAGGUCGAGUCUCUGGCCGAGUUGUUUGGUGAAAAUGGCGACCACAAAGGGAAGAAGUUGGAAUGGAAGCUUCCUCUUCACCAUCACCCUGAUUCUCCUUUCCAUUUCGUCGACCUCUCUUCAGACGAUAUCGCUCGGAACAUCGCUAACCGAAGUAUACUAGUGAAGGGGAUGUAUGAACUCUGGGGUCAAGGAAGUGACUACGAGGAGCUAGAGGAGUCUAUUAGAAAUUUUUCGAAAGAACGGAAGUCACCAUACUUACAACCUGGAAGCUCUUUCAAAAUUUCUAUAGAGAGCUUUGGGAAGGCUAUCAGCUUCCAGGAACAAAGUGAACGUAUUCAGGGGCUAGCGUACAUCCCUUUCAAGGGUCAAGUUAAUUUAAAAAGUCCAGAUCAUAAAUUUUGUCUUUUGGAAACUGCUGAUUACGGACUCAAUAAUGGACUUCCACCAAUUGCUCAAAGGAGAAUUUUUUUUGGCCGGGAGGUCGGUGGUGCCGAUAGGAAGCUUAUACCAACAUAUCAAUUAAAAAGUCGCACUUAUCUUGGGCCAACUGCCAUGGAUGCUGAAAUGGCUUUCUUAAUGGCCAACCAAGCAUUAGCGACAUCUGGAAAACUUGUCUUUGAUCCUUUUGUUGGCACUGGGAGCAUUCUUGUUGGCGCAGCUCAUUUUGGAGCAAUGACAAUGGGGGCAGACAUUGACAUUAGGGUGGUACGUGAUGGUCGUGGCCCUGAUUGUAAUGUUUGGAGCAACUUCAAGCAGUAUGGAUUACCACCUCCAAUUGCACUGUUAAGAGCAGAUAAUAAUCUUCCUCCCUGGCGUCCAGGAUUGAAGGAGGGGGCAGACAUUGACAUUAGGGUGGUACGUGAUGGUCGUGGCCCUGAUUGUAAUGUUUGGAGCAACUUCAAGCAGUAUGGAUUACCACCUCCAAUUGCACUGUUAAGAGCAGAUAAUAAUCUUCCUCCCUGGCGUCCAGGAUUGAAGGAGGGGGCAGACAUUGACAUUAGGGUGGUACGUGAUGGUCGUGGCCCUGAUUGUAAUGUUUGGAGCAACUUCAAGCAGUAUGGAUUACCACCUCCAAUUGCACUGUUAGAGCAGAUAAUAAUCUUCCUCCCUGGCGUCCAGGAUUGAAGGAGGUACAGCAGCAAUAUUUGCACCAGUACUAUUUAUUUAUUUUUCGUGGUGCUGAAGUUUCACUACCCUUGUUAUAUACUGAUGGUCACUAAUUCCUGUGGAUACUGCUUGACAUCUUUUUACAGAUUUUCAUUUACUUUUUAUUUUUCUUAACAAGAACCUAAUUUUUUCGUUGAGUAAAUGUUUCAAUGAUUAAAUGAAAAGUGACUGAUGCCUAAAGAAAAAAUGUAAAGUCAUAUGGAAGUGAAUAAGGAACAUAAAUGAGAAAAAAAAGUCAGAAGUAUUCCAAAAAAAAAAAAACUGAAAGAAUAAUCUUACAAAGAACUUGAGGCGCCAAUCAAAUUUGUAUCUUCAAAAACCAUAAGAGCUUAGAGAACAAAAAAAAAAAAAAAAA